UUGGUCUGCACCGGAAGUACAUGCUUUGCCGAUGUGGUACCUACUGACUGCGGUUUCGGUCUCUUUCUCUUGUUUCCCCCGCUGAGUAUUUGCGACGCGCCAUGGCGCCCAAGGGCAAAGUGGGCACAAGAGGGAAGAAGCAGAUAUUUGAAGAGAACAGAGAGACCCUGAAGUUCUACCUGCGGAUCAUACUGGGGGCCAAUGCCAUUUACUGCCUUGUGACCUUGGUCUUCUUUUACUCAUCUGCCUCGUUUUGGGCCUGGAUAGCCCUGGGCUUUAGUCUGGCAGUAUAUGGGGCCAGCUACCACUCUAUGAGCUCGAUGGCACGGGCAGCCUUUUCUGAGGAUGGGGCCUUGAUGGAUGGUGGCAUGGAUCUCAACAUGGAGCAGGGCAUGGCAGAGCACCUGAAGGAUGUGAUCCUACUGACAGCCAUCGUGCAGGUGCUCAGCUGCUUCUCCCUCUACAUCUGGUCCUUCUGGCUUCUGGCUCCAGGCCGGGCCCUUUACCUCCUGUGGGUGAAUGUGCUGGGCCCCUGGUUCACAGCAGACAGUGGCGCCCCAGCACCAGAGCACAACGAGAAGCGUCAGCGCCGACAGGAGCGGCGACAGAUGAAGCGGUUAUAGUCAUUGACAUUGUGUUCACAGGCUGCUGGGCUCUGGGUAGUUCUAUCAGGCUGCUGGGCUCUGGGUAGUUCUAUCAGGCUGCACAGCCCCCAUGCCUGGAGCAAUGAGGGCCUAGUUCAGGGGCCAAAAGCAGUCUGAGGUAUGUAGGGUAUACUUCAGGAUAUAUCCUAUACAGGUUUUGAAUAAAUGGCUCAGAAUGUGG